AUGAAGGGUUACAAGAAAAGUUUGAUGUUCAUCGUAGCAAGCGUGGUGGCGUUCGUCGAUGCGUUUAAAAACGGAAGGUCCAUCUACGAGAGAAACUUCCCCGGGUAUCAAGGACCUCGUCAGUAUCCACCCUAUCACGAACAGCACAGACCCUUUCGAGAACAACCAUUUGGCCAAUCGAUCCGUACCUAUCGUCAACCUACAUCCUAUCGAGAGCAUUCACCGUUUAGAAAUUAUUCGAGCUUAAAAAAUUUUCCAAGUUAUCGCGAAUCACCUUUCCAAAAUUCACAAUCAUCAUCAUUAUCAUCAUCAUCAUCAUCAUCGUCAUUCUUUGGUCAUCCAAGUUCCCCUCAGAUCACUCGUGCUUCCUUUGGAAAUGAAUAUGCCUUUCAUAAUGAACAUUUCAAAAAUCGAUUGCCAUCCUAUCUACAAUCAACUCGUAAUUACUUCCCGAACGAGCUUCGACAUUCACCUACAUGGAUCACGUCCUAUCGUUCGGGACCUUACGGGAAGACGGUAGACACGUACGAAGAACUCGAGAAAGAAACUCGGCAACGUUUGCCCUUCGACGAGCCUUCCAAUUACUUGAAAUACGGAAAUCAUGGUCUUGGUUUCGCAUUGGUACCCGAUGGUUUCGAUGAAAAUACUUUACCAUUGGACACGGAAACAUCUACGACAUUGUCAACGACACUGACUGCUACCCACAAGCCAUUAGCGGAAGAUACUGUCUCCGCCACUACGCAAACUAUUCCCGAACUUCACUCCUCCUCAACCACAGAGCCGAAAAUCGUAGAGAAGUCGGUUACGAUGAUUACAACGACGUCGAGACCAAACGUUGAGUUGAAAACGUUAGGUAACGCGGCAUCCGGUACGACAAACAUUUUACUUCCUACGAUGCCUUCGAUGUCAGCAACGCCAAAGCAAUACUCAUCCGAUGAUACUCAUAUCCGGAUGACCCUGACCACAGUUUCAAACUCAUCCGAUACGGUCACUGAAUCUCCCGUAGGUUCUUUCGAUGGAAAUUCCAUCAUUUCAAGCGACAAACAAAUGUCCGCGAUAAGCCCGUCUUCGUCGUUGUCUGUUACGCUCGUUCCUAACAGCUUUCAAAAUGGAUUUUAUAAGAACGUAAAAGAUCAAUCAAACGAACUAUCAAAGAGCAACGUUCAACAAAGUAUAUUAGAUUUACCGGCCGCUUUAAAAACAAGUAAUCAGGAUAAUGCAUUUCUUCCUUUAACCAAUUUAAAAAGUGACAAUUAUCAAGAUAUUGUCAAUUUAUCUGCCAUCCAGCAAAGUGGUGUUCAAGAUACGUUGUUAAACUUACAAAACUCUUGGAAGAAUACAUUGGAAAAGAGUGUUAUAAAUAUACAAAAUAGCCCGACUAGUAGCAUUCCGAGUUCACUCUUAAAUUAUUUAAUAUCGAGGGAACCAAAAAAUAAUGUACAGGAUGCCAUGGUAAAUUACAUAUUACCAACCGAAACGAGAUUAAAUUUAAAGGAUAACGUUCAGAGUAAGAUAGUUGAUUAUGUAAUGCCAGAGGAUUCUACGAAAGACAUGUUAAAAAAUAAUUUGCAAAAUACAUAUUUGAAUUAUAUAUUACAAGGAGAAGGGAAACGUAGUUUACCAUUUCAACCAUUACAAUCUGGGACCUUUAAUUACGUUCCAAUGGCAAUCCCUACGGAGCAAAAAUUAACUUUGCCAAUUAGCACAUUAUCUUCUGUGGCUAAUCCUAUGGAAAAUAUCAAUUAUAUUCCGAAGACGUCUUAUUUGAAUUUAGAUCCUACGAUGUCAUCACGUUUAACGCUGGAUUCCAACCAUCCAGAAAGUUUGUCAGGCAGUCUACAAGGAAGUCUCUCCGCAAGUAUUCCCAACAGUAUACCUGGAAGCAUACCUGCCAGCAUUUCUGCGGCUAUACCCGGUACCAUAUCAACUGGCAUACCUACGAACAUUCCUACUACGAUGGAGUUUGCACAAACUUUCCAACAACCGACUCAAAUUCGUCCUUUACAAACAAGUGUCACACCUUAUUCCGGGAUGCAGUUGCAGCUGGGUGGAUUCGGUGGAAUAGAUUAUGGUCUUCGCUCGAGUAGUCCUGAGGCAAGACCAAUGGAGCUUGGCAUUGCAAAAGUGGGUUUGGCUGUGCGAGAAUUUCCGAGGCCGCAGAAUCCCACAUUCGCAAAGAUUGGAUUCGGACAAAGUUUCUGGUAG